CUGACUGCUAUCUGGUCAUCAUUUCACAUUUCUCGAACACAACACGCGAAACUUCACAGCAACAAGCAGAAUGGCAUCUGAUCUCCAAUCCAAGAAAAUCUCCUUCAUUGGAGGCGGCAACAUGGCCGCAGCAAUCAUCUCCGGCCUAGUCUCCAAAUCCUUUCCCAAGUCCCAAAUCACCGUCUCCGAACCCUGGGAAGUCAACCGUCAGAAAAUGGCAGACCUCGGUGUCAACACAACAACCAACAACGUCGAAGCCGCCCAAGGCGCAAACUUUAUCAUCCUGGCCGUCAAACCUCAAGUCGCCAAGACCGUUUGUCAAGAACUCGCUUCUGCAGCUUUCCAGUCAGAAAAUGCUCUGCCGGUGCUGGUUUCGAUUGCGGCGGGGAUUACGGCGGAGAGUAUUCGGGGUUGGACGAAGUCGAAGGAUGGAAAGUCGUUGCCUGUUGUGAGGGUUAUGCCGAAUACGCCUGCUUUGCUUGGGGAGGGGGCUAGUGGGCUUUAUGCUGGGGAGGAUGUUAGUGGGGAGCAGAAGGAGCAGGUUACUGCGCUGUUGAAGAGUGUUAGUCGGGCGCUUGAGUGGGUUGAUCGGGAGGAGUUGUUGGAUGUUGUUACUGGGUUGAGUGGUUCUGGUCCAGCAUACUUCUUCGCCAUGGUGGAGCACCUCGUGGCGAGCGCAACCAAGCUUGGUCUUUCGGAAGAGCAAGCCACCAGACUUGCCACCCAGACUUGCUUUGGCGCAGGCAAGAUGCUCGUCGAGUCUUCAGAUCCUCCUUCACAGCUCCGCAAGAACGUCACGAGCCCAAAUGGCACAACACAGGCCGCACUGGAAAGCUUCGAGGCAUCUGGAUUUGCUGCUAUUGUGGACAAGGCUGUCAAGGCCGCGACUGACAGAGGCGAGGAACUGGGCCGCACUCUUGGAAGCCAGUAGGUUCAUUGCAAUUCGACGUGUGCAAUGUACUUGGGUGAUGACUUUAUGAGAAGACUAGACAAUGCAAAUUCCAAAGCAAGAUUGUGAGAAGCUAUGUGGGUGCCAUAUCCUCUAUUCGAGCUAACACUUUCCCAAAGUAGCCUCGCACGCAUGGAAAAAGAAUAUCUGCACCUGAUAUCCUGUGC